CUAGGAAAGACAAAAACUGAAACUUCAUAACCCUCCCAAAGAACUCAGCAGACACCACAGUAUCAUGCGGUGUACAUUACUCAUAAAAUAUUAUACAUUUUUAAUCAAUUGAUACCACUUGUAAAAUUGUCAAAAUUAUUUUUGAAAAAAUCAACUUGUAUGGGUCUGACAACCAAGUGUUGCGGCAAUUUAUAUUGGUACCUUAUAAGUACACAAUAUUUUCUCGCCCAAGAUCACAUUUCAUUUGUCCAUCGUAGAAGAUGGUCAAGUGGGUAUUUAAAAUACCGAAGUCUUCCUAAGUCAAGAAAAUGAACAUUACUAGUACAACAGAAAGCUAUUAUUCCCAUUGUACCCACUAAGUUUUCUCUUAUUAAUACCCAUCUUCCUAAUCACAUUCCGGUUCAUACCAUCUUUCAAUCUGUUCUGAUAAGGGCUUGAUCAAACGGGGAACUGUUGUACUCCAGAGAUGUUAGGGAAAACACUAGAAAUGAUUUGUGGAAAGGCUCGAGAUGAGCCCAAGGAAAAUAACAAGAGUGAGGUUAUGAAGAUCAAAGGGACAAUAAAGUUGAUGAAGAAGAAUGUUUUGGACUUCAAUGAUGUGGGUGCCUCGUUUCUUGAUCGGGUGUACGAGCUCUUUAGCAGACGUAUCUCACUUCAGCUCAUAAGCGCCGUUCACGGUGACCCAGUAAAGUUGAGAGAAAGAGAGGUUGGUCAUUGUGAUUUUCUACUGGAGACGAAAAGAUUUCUUCAGGGUUGA